UCCCUCAUAAAUAUACUUCUGCACUCUCAUCUUUUUCUCUUUUUUACUCGCAGCUACAAACGUAUACUCUUCGCAUUUUAGUGCAACAAGUGUAAGAAAAAAAACUGCAGUCUAAAGAUGUUUAGUGCACCACGUGCGUUCCCCAUGGUUGUCGACGUAAAUAUGUGAAGAAUUAGAGAUUUAUAAGAGAGAUUUUAUACAGUUUAUCAUAUAAAGGCUGUCAAGAUGCAAGUUUCCGCACCGAAUAACAUAAAGAUUUAUAAUCUUAGCACUGGAAGGUCUAUCCCUGAGUGGCUAUCUGAACAAAAAAGAAGGAAAUUAUUGAAGAAGAAUGUUGACAUACGACGACGUAUCGAACUUAUACAAGACUUUAGUAUGCCUGGUGUCAGCACUUCUAUCAGGGUAUCUAAAGAUGGACAGCAUAUUUUAGCAACGGGAAUUUAUAAGCCACGUGUAAAGUGCUUUGAUGUUAAUAAUUUGGCAUUGAAAUUUGAAAGAUGUUUUGAUUCUGAAGUGGUCACUUUUGAAGUAUUAUCAGAUGACUAUAGCAAAUUGAUAUUUUUACACUGUGAUCGCAGUGUUGAAUUUCAUGCUGCACAUGGAAAAUAUUACAGGCUCAGAGUACCAAAUUUUGGAAGAGAUCUGAAAUAUCAUUAUCCAUCAUGUGAUACUUUUAUUGUAGGUGAUAGUAAGAACAUAUUUCGAAUAAAUCUCGAACGAGGCCAGUUUUUGCAAUCGUUUGAAACAGAAGCAUCAUCAAUAAAUAAAUGUGAAAUAAAUCCAGUGCAUCACUUACUCACAGUCGGCACUCAAGAUGGAAAAAUUGAAGCCUGGGAUCCAAGAGUGAGAAGUAGAGUAGGCAUGCUUGACUGUGCCCUGCAUUGUAUUACUCAAGACAAAUUGAACACCAUUCCUGCGAUCACCGCCUUAAAAUUUCAAGGAGGUUUAAACUUAGGAGUUGGUACAUCAACGGGACAAGUAUUAUUAUAUGAUAUAAGAUCCAAUAAACCAUUUAUGGUUAAAGAUCACAUGUAUGGAUUGCCAAUCACAUGUAUAGAUUUCCAUCAAAAGAUGGAUCUGGUUUACUCUAUGGAUAAUUUAAUUGUGAAAAUAUGGGAAAAGGAUAGUGGCAAAAUUUAUACUUCCAUAGAAGCUCAGCAUAACUUUAACGAUCUGUGCGUUAUACCAAACACUGGUAUGCUUUUGCUAGCCAAUGAAACUCAAAAGAUGCAAACAUAUUACAUUCCCAGUCUUGGCCCUGCGCCUUACUGGUGCAAUUUUCUCGACAAUAUUACAGAAGAAUUGGAAGAACUUAAUUAUGAUAUUAUUUAUCAUGAUUACAAAUUUAUAACUGAAAAGGAAUUAGAUGAAUUGGACCUUGCACAUCUGAAGGGUACUGAGUUACUCAGAGCUUAUAUGCACGGGUACUUUAUGGACAUGCGAUUGUACAUGAAAGUAAAAAAUGCCAUGAAACCGUUUGAUUUCGAACAGUAUAAAAAGAAAAAAAUUCGCGAGAAGAUUGAAGAAGAAACUACUAGCAGAGUACAGAUACAGAAGUUACCAUCCGUGAAUCAAGAACUGGCUUUGAAGUUAAUAGAAAAUAAAAAUGCCAAGAACAAGAAGAAACAAGCGUCUUCUAAUCUGUUGAAUGACGAACGAUUUAACGCUCUCUUCAGUAAUCCAGAUUUCCAAGUUGAUAAGAAUUCUGAAGAAUACGCUUUAUUAAACCCUGUUAUUUCUCAACUCGAUAAAAGUAAAGCUAAAAAAUUGCAACAGCAAUUAGCGCAGCAGGAAGAAAUGCAAGACAAACCUGCCGAGGACGAACCACAAGGUAAUAGCUCGGAUGAUAGCUUUAUACAUGAUGGAUCUAACGAUGAAAGUUCAGACGAUGAGAAGUCAUGGGUUAAAGAAGUUCGAAAGAACUAUCGGUUAAUAAAAAGGAAUGAAAGAAUGAAGGAACAGGAGAGUGAAGACGAGGAUAACAAUCCAAUUGACAAAAAUGGAUUGAAAUUAGACGAUAUUAAAAACGAAGUGAAGUUCGAAGAAGGUGAACCCGAGAAGAAGAAACGGAACAAAGCGACAUUUGGGGAGAGAUUAGAAAAUGAAGAGAUGCACAGUAGUCAAGUGUCCGGUUCGCGUGGCAGUAGAGAGAUGACUUUCUUUGUUGGAAAGGUAGACUGUAAUAAUAAGCCCAAGAAUGGUAAGGAUUCAUCUCCACGAAAUCGUACAGAAGAACACACAGAAGUUUCCGUACCAUCUAUGGUGACAAGUAUGACAUCAACUUUCCAGAACACCGAUGUGGGUGAAAUCACUGAAGAUUACGAAGACUUUAUCAGUACAUCAGCGGUGCUUCACUACUGUAAACAUAAAAUAUUGAGACCGUACCUGAGGCUAUUGGGAGUGAUGGGAUUGAGACCAACUAACAGUGAUGAUUCUGACCAUUUCUUACGAUGUUCUAUUUUGACGAAUCUUCACACCCUUCAAGUCACUAUAUUUAUGUGCAUUGGAUAUAUUUUACAAUAUAUGGCUUGCUUUAGGAGAGACCGAGGAUUUUGCUACAAAAUGUUAGUGCUACAAGAUGUAGUGAGUGUCAACGGAGGACGUACGCAAGAAGCAUCUUGCUAUGGAAAUAUGAUAUUCAGCUACUUGAUCCCAAGUGUAUUGCAUCUAGUCGCUUAUCUGUACAUGAUAUACUUAUUUCGCAUUAAGGAAAACGAACAGUUGCAAAAUCUAAUGGAAAGGGCGUUUCUUCUUUCCUCGAAUCCGAUAAAUCACGGCAAUCAGAAGCGCCUUGUACACAUAUUGUGGCUGUUCAUAGCAUUGAGCAUAGUGUGGAUGAUCGUAGCAUUAAUUACAGUGAAUAUUCAAAUGGCGCAAGGGAAUAUUAUAUUUCAGUGGGUGGAAGAUAGUCCGUACCAAGUGAAGACGGCGUUGAAAGUAUUCUUAGUCAUCUGCACCUUGUGGCAUGAUAUGGUUCAGGGAACUAUUAUAACAAGUUACUGCCUGCAAGGACAGCUGUUAAUGUCACACCUCUACUUUCUACGUGGAAAAUUGCUGCAACACAUUCUACAACCCAUUGAUUGGAUGAGAGAUAUUGAUGAGUUUAAGAAGCUAUUGAAGUACUUCAAUGACGAAUUAGGCCCAGCUGUAUGUAUUUACACUAUAGUUAAUUUGUCAUGGGCAAUUGCAGGUACUGCAUGGUUAUUUCAAUACUAUAUUAAUGAUAUGAAUAGCAAUCGAGUUACGUAUAUCAGUGUGAUAAAUGUUGUGCUAUGGAUCUUGAUAUCGAUUGCACCGUUUAUACAGGCUGCACGUUUAACGAACGCUUGCUCCAUAAUUCGAGGCGUAGGACACGAAAUACGUAUACGUCCGUUCGUGUAUCAAACUACUUCGGGAGAAGAUCUCGAUAGCAUACUUCUGUACACAUCUUCCUUAAAAAUGUCCGCCAGAUUAUUUAGGAUAUCAAUCAAAGGUAGAUACUUGUGCCUUCUGCUAACUAUUAGCAGUAUUUCUAUUCUCACUUUAGGGCAGUGUCAGUUUUUCUCGUAAUUAUAUAGUACUUGUAUCUUCUGCUAACUGUUAGCAGUAUUUCUUUUAUUCUAGGGCAGUGUUAGUUUUUCUCGUAAUUAUAUGGUACUUUCAUUGAGGCUGUGCUAUAUAUGAUGCAUCAAGCAUUUCUAUGUAUACAAUAGCUUGGCACUAUUGUUUAGGUAAAGAUUUGUAUUAUUUAUAUUUGUUUUAUUAAGUUAUUUAGGUAUACAAAUUUUUUUUGUAUCAACACUUGUAAUGUAAUGCAUUCGAAAAUACGUAUUAUUUAAAUUCUCAUUAGUUAAAGUGAGAAUUUAUUUUGAGUAAAUUCAAUAAUUUGAAUAAGAAGUUUAUUAUUUAAAACUUGUCAAAUAUUAUGCACUUUUAUUUGCAUCUCCGUAAUUACAUCGUGUUCUAUUUAAGAAUAAUAAUUGAGAAUAAUGAAAUAUUGGAAAAGGUAUUUUAUUCACUCCUUAUUAUCAUUCAAUACAUUACAUUCUCCAAUACAUUACAUUCUUCAAAUGGCAGUAAUAUUGCAAUAGCCUGGAACAAAUUAGAAUCCAUUUUUUUUUUUAAUUUAUUUGCAGUGUGUGAAUUUACAAAUAUUCAAUGAAUAUCUUCCGUUCAGAGAUCUUAUAUUCAUUGCACAAAAGGAAUGCAAGUCACAUUAUUAAUAUAGUACUAAUUGCAUUCUUUAUAAUAGAAGUAACACAUGCAGAAUAAAUGUACAGAUAUUCCGAAACUCGUGAAUUUAACAUGAUCGGACAAACCUGUGAUCAAUAUCACCGAUUGCUAUCUCUUUAUAUUUUAUUAAAUUGGUUCGUAAAGUUACCUCAAUGACAUGUAAUUUCAAUAAUCAGUUUUAUAAAUUCAUUAAAUGAAAGAGAUAAGCACUUUAUCAAACUAAUAUAUUUUACAUAGUUGUCUUAUAUAAUCAUUAUACAUCAGUUUCGAAAUCUUCGCAAAACUUGUUGGCGAUGCAUGUCUAAAAUAUUCAGUUUUUAUAUUGAAACUUUGACAUGUGUAAUAGUCGCAGAAAUUGUACGAGAUAACAAUUGAUUUAAGUAUAUACAUCGUUAAGACUAUUGGAUAAAACAAUAAUUAGUCAUUUUAUCAUUAAAUAAUUACAAAAUAAGUCUUUUUGUUGAUGAAUUUUGCAUCCUUAAGCAUAAGAAUUGAUAUUGACAAAUCGAUUUGAAAAAUCGAGAAAUAGCUGUUUAAUAAAUAUUAUCAUGUUUUAAUCAGAGGGUAUUAUACUAAUAUACAUCCAUAAUUUUAGCAUUUACAGGAAUUACUUAAAUUUCACUAAAUAGCGUGUGAUAUUGACACUUUAUGUACUGCUUUUAGAAUACUAAAUGUUGCAAUAACACCUGCAUAAUGUAUGUUUUAUUUCACCAAUGAUUCUACUUAGUGAGAUAUUUACGUACUUUUUAAAUGUCUCUCAUUGACAAUAUUAUACAUACCUAAAUUUUGUAGAAAAUGUUGUCAGUAUUACUUUAUAUAAAGUUUGCAACAGGUAUACAAAGAGUUAAGAAUACAUUAACAGAAUUUGUUCCAGAAAUUGCGAAUUGUGAAUUCCAAUACACAAACACAUUUUCGAUAUUAACUCGAUGAUAUGGAAUGUGAAAGUUGUGUAUGCUUUUGGCUGUUGGUUUAUUUAAAUAAUAAACGUCUAACAAAAACGCAUUGAGUAACGCGUAGUAAGAGCGUUUAAUUUGCAAUGACACAAACUGUGCAAUUUACAAUCACUGGAAGUCAAUGACAAUCAUCUGAAAGCAUUAUUCAAUUAAAAAAAAAAAAAA